AUGGAUAGCACGACAGAAUGCAUCGUCUACCUCUUGUCCCUUGCCUCAUCAGUUGAAGACUUUACAAAUGCUCUCGCACAGCUAACCGGAAUUCACAAACCUAUCUUCACCACUAAAGCCGCCGACUGGAUCUUCCCUCCGGCAGCCCUCUCUGUUCAUGAACUAACAGCCGCCCACUGGGAUAUGCUGGUUUGUUUCGAAGCACCAUUCUCAAUCCCCACCGAUCUCUCAAAAUCCAUCAAAAAAUCAUGGAAUAUAUCCUUCACCGUACCUUCGGCUUUACUCGCAUCACUAGCAACCACACAGUCCGAGUUGGCAGCUUCAAUUACGCCCCGAUCCGGAGAAUUCGACCUCUUAACGGAGUUGGACCUCCACAAAAGUGACUUAGUCUCAUCUGUAGAUUCAGCUGAAGUCACGUCGGACCUCAAAAAAUGGAUACAAUCGUUCAGCAGCGAUCAGGAAGAAAAGCAGCAGCCAMAAGCCAUAAUAAUGUUCAAUCUCAUAGCCUUCAAGGACAUGGCAAAAUACAUAAAAUAUCAAGAAGCGUUCAUGGCUGGUAUUGGAAUGAGACAUGGUGCUAAGCCACUUUUGUGGGGGGAAGUUGCCAAAUCUUCUGCGCAAAACCAGGAAAAGAGUCCUUGGGAAAUGGUGGCAUUCGUGUACUAUCCUUCGGUGUUGCAUUUUGCGGAUAUGUUGUCCAGUCCGGACUAUAAGGAGGCAAGUCACAAGUACCGCAAGGGUUCGCUGAUUGAUAAUCCGGUUUUGUGUCUUGUCAAUCGUUGA